AUGUUGGGCAGGGGGAGGAGAGGUGAGGCGCGGUACGAAGGCGGCCCCCGGGCCGGGGGGUGGGUAAGGGGGGCCGGAGGGGCCACCCAGGGGGGUAAUGAGGGGGGCGCAGAGGGGGGGGGGGGACACAGCCGAAGCAGGGGGGGGGGGGGGGUGCUAAUUUUCGGCGUUUACGCGCGGGGGGGGGGGAAGGUAGCGCGGGGACGGGCAGGGCUGUGUCCAGCGGCCCCCCGCAGCCGCGCGUGCGCGGCAACGGCGCGGACCGUCAGGCGCCGCCUACCCCUAGCCGGCCGACAUUCACGCGUCCGUGUGUGUGUUCAAGCGAGGACCCGCGAAAUGGGCAGGCCCCGGGCCCGGGACCACCUUCUGGCCCAAUAUGCGCGCGGACAUCCGACAAUGGGCCAAAACCUGUCUUAG